AUGUCUUCAUUCUUCAAUUCAAAUUAUUUUCAAGCUAUCCUUAAUUUAAUUGGAAAUCGAAAUUCAACAAUUAGUACUCUUUGGGGUAUGUUCUGGCAAGCAUUUUAUGCACUUGCUGGUUGUGUAGUUGGAGCGGUAAUUUUCGGAAAUAUUGGUGCUCUUAUUGGUACUGUUAUUGGGGCUUGGUUAGGUUUUCGAGCUGUUAAUCCUUAUCAUUCAUUAAUAAGUCAAUUGAAUCAAUUAAAUGAUCAUCAAAAACAAAAUUUAACUGAUGAAGUUCGUCGUACCGUUGGUUCAUCAACAGUUGACAAUUUACUUCGAUAUGGUAUGAAUAGCAAUGGUCGACAAUUGAUCUUUGAUAUAAUUCAACGUUAUUUAAAUAAUCAGCAACCACAACAACGAAAUACUAAUCCUGCUGCUUUAUUUUAUGGUCAAGCAAGUUUUCCUGAUGAAAAAGAAUGUCAAAAAUUACUUGAUAUACUUCAUGUAAACUUAUCAUCUGCACAAAUGUAUGAAUUAACACAUCCACCAUUUAAAGGUUCAAUUCUUCCAUCAUUACCAUCAACAGAUCCAUUACUUUAUCGAUUUCAUGAAAUUCUUCUUCAAUAUGGUGUACCAAUGAAAGAAGUUAUACAUGAAAAAUUUGGUGAUGGAAUUAUGUCAGCUGUAGAUUUUACAGUUAAAGUUGACAAAGAUGAAACAAUUAAAGAAGCACCAAGAGUAAAUAUUAAUAUGUCCGGCAAAUUUUUACCAUAUAAAAGAUGGUGA